GGGCGCCCUCUCCCGGCACACUUUAGCAGUGCUUCAGUUCCCGGCGGCCCUCGCGGCCGGUUCCGGGCGUAAGGGCCGGGUGUGAUGGCGGGGGCCGGUUCCGCCGCCGUGUCCGGUGCGGGGACCCCAGUGGCGGGGCCCGCAGGCCGCGACCUGUUCGCUGAGGGUCUCCUCGAGUUCCUGCGACCGGCUGUGCAGCAGCUCGACUCUCACGUCCACGCCGUCAGAGAGAGCCAGGUAGAGCUACGGGAACAAAUCGACAACCUAGCUACCGAGCUGUGCCGAAUCAAUGAGGAUCAGAAGGUGGCCCUGGAUCUUGACCCCUAUGUGAAGAAACUUCUUAAUGCCCGGCGACGAGUGGUCUUGGUCAACAACAUUCUACAGAAUGCCCAGGAACGGCUAAGGCGGCUAAACCACAGUGUUGCCAAGGAAACAGCCCGCAGGAGGGCAAUGCUGGACUCAGGAGUUUACCCCCCUGGGUCCCCAAGCAAGUAACAGGCCAGAAGACGCACCUACACCUCACAGAUAUAUAUAGCACAAAUACUAGUCCCCAGCUCCCUUGUUCCAGGACUCCCCAUAGACCUUGGACAUCAGAAAGGCAGCCCUACUGUUUGUUUGAAGCACUUAAUUUUUAUUUAUGUGGGAGCCUAAAAAAGCCUCUGUACCAUAGGA